CGUUGACGAACUUGUUGUGGAUGUUGAAUCCAGUACAAACCAUCAGACUAUCGAAUUGGUCAUUCUUACACACUUUGAUUGGUUCGACUAGCCUUUUUGGCUUUGAAAAAAGAUUAAAAAAAAUUCGAGCGUCAGCCAUCUUUGCCCUGCAGUCUUUAGGAAGGGGAAAAAAACUACCCAUCGCAGGUUACGGAGCCGAGGCUACAGGCGUAGCUUAUCCAGGCCACUGGUGGUCACGUUCUAAUCCAUAAGCCGGGUCGACUGCCGUCAUCGCUGGACGACUGACCUCUCAAUAAGACUUCAAAGGCUCAGAGUAAAGGGCUAAACGGGGGUGAUUGGUACCCUCUGGUUCGUGGUUCUCAAAAUGAAGACUCAUUCCGUCUUUGGCCGUGGGACCCUUGGCUUACUGGAGAAUGGCAUGCAUCGAAGGGCUCCAGGAAAAGCGGUUCAGCACUCCUUCUUCUUGGUCAAUGGCAGGACAUCUGCGGCAUCCCUGCUGAGAAAGGGAGAUCUUGCAUCGCGGCAAUUUUCGAGCACGUGUCCCCGGACUCGCAAAAGGAGCGAUGUAAUCUCAGGCUCUGGAAAGCGGAAGGGAGGGCUGAAUUCGGAAGAAUUCGACGUUGAAUCUUUCCUACGCAUGGGCAUUGACUCGAGCCGAGAUGAUCGGAAUGAUCCCACAACUAAAGGGCCAUCGCCGGCUUGUCACGCUACUUCUCAAAAGUUGACUGAGAGAAAAUAUGGUUCCCAAAGUGUGGGAAAAAGUGAGGACGAAACAAGAAAUAUGUUAGCCCUAAUAGAAGCUGACAAUGGUCGGCCAUCCGACGAGGCUUCGUUUGCUUUUGCUUUUGAUAUAGACGGCGUGCUCCUUCACCAAUCCGAGCCUCUCCCAGGAGCAACAGACGCUUUGAGAUUUCUACAGGCCAACAAAAUUCCCUUUAUACUACUCACCAACGGCGGAGGCAAGCACGAACACGAGCGGGUCGCCGAGCUCAGCGCAAAACUCGGCGUGCCCUUGACCACGGGCAACUUUGUCCAGUCGCACACGCCCUUCUCGGGGCUAAACAGGUUCAUGGACAAAAACAUCCUGGUGACCGGGUCCGACGCCGCCAAGUCCCGCGAGAUCGCCGAGGCCUACGGCUUCACCAAGGUCAUCACCCCGGCCGACAUCCUCAUGGCCAACCCGACCAUCUGGCCCUUUGACCCGCUGCUGGAGAGCGUCUACGCCUCGACCGCGCGCCCACUGCCCCAGCCCAUCUACAACAAGAACCCGUACAUGAAAGAGUGGCCCAAGCGCCUCUCGCGCGACAACCUCCAGAUCCAUGCCGUAUUCAUCUUCAACGACCCGCGCGACUGGGCGCUCGACAUACAGAUCAUCACGGACCUCUUGCUUUCACAUAGUGGCGUGCUGGGCACUUACAGUGCCGCCAACAGCGUGAACGGCAAGUGGCCGGAGGACAAAAAUCCAUGGCUCUUUUACAGCAACUCGGACCUGCUCUGGGCGAGCAAGCACCCGCUGCCGAGGAUGGGUCAGGGCGCGUUCCAGGCCGCCCUCGCCGGUGUCUGGGCAGACAUCAGCGACACCCUUGGGGUUCGGGGGUCGGGCGUCCGCAGCGGCCCCCGCUGCACCCGCUUCGGCAAGCCUAUAGUCCAGACGUACCAGUUCGCGGAGCGGGUACUGAUGGAGCACCGGAGGCAACUCCUGGGCGAAGAGGUGGCGAACCACAGGCACCUCAGGAACGUGUACAUGGUCGGCGACAACCCGGCGAGCGACAUUGCGGGCGCCAACGCCUUCAAGGGCAAGAGCAGAAUCGGCACGGACUGGUGGGGCGUCUUGGUCAAGACGGGAGUCUUCAACCCGGAUAUCUCAAUGCCGCUGCAGCACAAGCCUAAGAUGAUUGUUGAUGACGUGUUCGAGGCAGUCAAGUGGGCGCUCGGCCGGGAGCAGUGGCGGGGUCCGCCCCUGGUGAUGGCCACUAGAGAGGCUGCGGUAGGAGAAAGCCAUGAAGGCCUAGUGGAGAACAAUGUGAUUCGCAACGAUGGGGAGAACAUGGCGAAGGGGGAUUUGCUUCAGGGCGAUGGGAAUGUGGUGGAGGGAAAGAUUAUCAAGGAUGGCGAGGAAGUUGUGGUAGAGGGGGAGACGAUCAAAGAAGGGAAGUGACGGUGGCUUUGGUGGGUUGAAGUGUGAGCUGUAGAACAGUGGUUAAUAAGUUGGUUAAAGCCUUGUAGGAUGUGUAUAAAACUGGCACAUGGUUGGUUUAGGCGAUGUUUUAUCUGGAGAGGUAAGAUUCAUGUCCACCAAAUCGGCACGUAUUUUUAAGCAAGUACAUUUCAUGACGGCA